CAAUGGCGGAACCCAAGCGGAGCAAAGUCGUCGUGGCGGACGAUGCAGCAGAGGCACCACAGCCAUCGUCGCUGACCACGUGUGGUGGUGGCGGCGAUGAUGAUGAUGGUGUGAACAAGGCACACCAGCCAGCGCAGGAGAAGCAGGGCCAGCCGCUGCUCCAGGGCAAGAGGCAACACAAGAAAAAACUCAAGAAGGGUGAUCAGAAGUUGGCGGACAGCAAAGCCGUGCCUACACGCAACCCCGAUCCAGCCAAAUGUGAUCUCUUCCUGCCAAAGAAGAAGCGCUUCUGCCGCUUGACAAAGUUUAAGGACUACAACCGCUGCGCAGAGCACCUGACAGAGGCUCGGCGGAUCCCAUGCCCGUAUGACCCUACGCACACUGUGUUCGAGCACCAGAAAGAGAAGCACAUGAAGAAGUGCCCGAGGCGACCGCGCCCAAAGCCGCGCUGGUGGGCGCCAGGCAUCAACUCAUCGCUGCUGUGUGCUACACAGGAACAGAUGGGCAAAUCCACCGACAGCAAUCUCCCCUCAAAUCAGCAGCAGCAGCAGCAGCAGCAGCAACAAGGUGCGUCGAGUUGUUCGUCGACGCAGGCGUGUGGCGACCGUGGACACCCAGACGCCAUUCGUGUGCUUGGUGACAUUUCUACGCCUGAGUUGCAACGCACCCUUGCAAAGCUGGAGGAGGCGUUUACCGCGCACGUGCCCGAACUUGAAAUGCACGCGGAGGACGAUCCAGAGCUGCGCCGCAUCGUCAACGAACACGCACUUCAGCAGCACGCUGACGACACGGCAGCCUUCAAGCACCUGGAACAACACGCUCGCAUCGUUGGCAACAUGCGUCGGCAUGGACUUGUGCCAUCAUCAUCAUCGUCAGCACCAUCACCAUCGGGCAGCAGUGGCGGUGACAAAGUCAACGGUGACGGCAGCACCAACGAUGGUGAUGGUGAGCCGACGGUGUGCUUUGUUGAGUUUGGAGCGGGAAAAGCGAAGCUGCUGCACGCCCUUCGUCUCGCCCUCGGAUGGAACACGCCAGCAGCGUAUCUGGCGGUGGAGAGGCAGAGCGGCAUGAAAUCAAAGGCAGACAAGUUCCUCCGUGCCAAGCCAAGUCCUGCGGUGAAGUUUGAACGGAUCACGAUGGACAUCAAUGAUCUUGACAUGUCCAAAGCGCCGCUUGUGGACGGGCGCGACGUUGUUGCUGCCAGCAAACAUUUGUGUGGAUGUGCAACAGACCUUUCGUUGCGCUGUCUCCUCAACCUUGAGCACAAGAUGCCGGGAAGUGUGCGGGGAACGUGUAUUGCACUCUGCUGUCACGACAAAUGCACGUGGGACCUCUACUGUAACCAGGAAUUCUUCACGGAAACGCUCAAAUGGACACGACGAGAGUUCAGCAUCAUCCGCAUCGUCUCGAGUUGGGGCACGCUCGAUCCUGAUGAGGACAUUGAGGCGAUGAAGGAGCGGCGGAGGCGGAAACGCGAACAGGCCGCAAUGGCCGCUGCUCUGCACAGCGCCGACAACGCCGAUGAUGACAACGACGACGAUGAUGGUCAUGAUCAUGGCGAUGGUGAUGGUGCAGCUGACAACGCGGCGAGACACAACCAACAGCUUGGUUUAGACCGCAAGCAGCACGUGAAAUAUGGGCAGAUGGCGAAACGCUUGAUUGAUUGGGGCCGCGUCCUCUUUCUUCGACAACACGGACUCAACGCAACGCUCGAGCGAUUCGUAGAGGCAUCAGUCACGCCGGAAAACGUGUUGCUGCUCGCAUGGCGCAUGCACCAGCACAACGCAUAGCAACGCCACGUGUCGGUGUUUGAUAGGUUUGAUGGCGACUUUGUUGAUUGAACAAAACAAUGGAAACGAAAAAUG